AUGAUACAUGACGAUUUCGCUCAAAUUCAUCAACACCUCGACAGCUUGCGUGUAGGCUGUCAGCAAAGCGGUCUUUCUCUCCCCAAGAAUGUCUAUAAGGCUUCUGUUGAAUUGAUAACAGCACUUUUAAAUUCCAACGGCAAUGAAGAGGUUGCUCUAAAAUUAUUGACGUCAAGGCUUCACAGCAAGAACAAACGAGAACACGAUACAAUAACAGAAAUGGACGAGAUAAAGCAAGCUGGCCAAAGUUUGAGCGAGAUUGGAAACGUCAAGGAGACGCCGGAAGAAGAUGAGGUUGGAAACAAAGACGGGCUAGAACUUUCAGAGGAACCACCACGUAAGAUAUCGCGCUUAACUGCUGAUGUACUGAAGAAAUCAGCAGCUGUGGACUCGAAUAAAGUUCUUGUGAAUGUACUUGCGGAUUACGGCGAUCAACACAUUCGUCAAGGACACACGGGUAAAGGGGUCGCUCAACUACGAGCAGCACGCGCGAUUCGUGACUAUCCGCACCCAGUUACCUCGGCUGCUGAUGCUCGUGCUAUCCGCUCUGUCGGACCAAAGAUGGCGACUCGAAUUGAGCAUAUUUUAAGCGCUGAAAAACUUGACGUCGAAGUGCCAAAGUCAAAUCAUAUCGAAAAGUUCGAGCUACCAAAAUUGAUUCAGGAAAUUCAGAGUCGAAAGGCAAUGUGUCCUGAAAAUCAAAAGUUAGUGGAUGAGCUCGCAUAUUUUGGGGAGCACGAGCUCCUUUUUCGAAGCGUUAGCAAAGGGAUGACACAUCUUCGCGCGGCUCGAGCCUUGCAACUUGCUGAUCAAGUGACCACCUCCGGUAGCCAAGCUAGACAUUCUUUAGCAAUUGGACCAGCAAUAGCCGACAAGAUCGACCAGAUUCUUAAAUAUGGUCGCAUCGUUAAAGAUUCAGUUUCAAUCCCUAUUGUGGAGGAUCUGCGUCUAAAUCCCGCAAAAGAAGUUCAGAAUCAACCUCUUGUAGAUGCAUUGGCUGACUAUGGAAGUAGUCACUUGCAUUCGGGUCAUGCUGGCAAGGGUAUUGCCCAUUUACGUGCAGCAAAAGCUAUUCGUGAUGCGGAUAUCGUAAUUAAAUCGGGUGCUCAUGCAAUAUCAUUAAUCAAAAAGGUGAAUGCAAUGGUAGCGGCGAAGAUUGAUCAGGUUCUAAAAGAAGGCCAUGCUGAUACCGAAGAAGAAGAUGACGACAGCCAAGACGAAGCAGAAAACGAGUUCGGAGCUCGUGAACCUCCAGAUACACCACUGAUUGUGCAUGAAGUUCGCAGUAAACCUGCUCAAAUUGAAGAAAAUCAGAAAAUUGUCAAUGCACUUUCAACGCGUGGAGAGAUGCAACUUGCCAAAUGGCACACCGGUCAAGGGACGGCGUUCAUGCGCGCAGCUCGUCGACUUCGAGAUGCGGCUGAAGUUGUGACAAAUGGCACUGUGGCAAAGGCUUUGGGUCGAAUUGGGGAUAAAGUUCGAGUUGUGGCUGUUCUAACGGGUUACGCACUGGUAGAAACACGCAUCAAUAUGACCGAUGCAAAGACGGCUAAUGCGGUGUACGCGCAAAUUGGAAAGUUACGAGAGAUGGCUAUGAAUAAAAAUGUCGAUAUUCCUGAGAAUCCCUACGUGGCCACACAUGAGAUCGCUACGGCGCUUCUUGCAUCGAACGGAGAUGAUCAGGGUGCAUUGAAGAAGGUGAUGGCGAAAUUUGGUCGAAACAAGCGAUCGCUUCCAGCUGAGGCGAAUCAGAAUAGUAAGAAGUCGAAGCGGGCGGGUGAUGGCAAUGAGCCAGCUUUUGAAGCAUCUGGUUAUCAAGACAAUGGGGAGGAUUCGAUGCCUCCUCACAAGACUGUGCGGUUGGUUGAAGAAGUGCGUGAAAAAAAAGCUGUGAAUUCUGCCAACCAAAAGAUUGUAGAUGCAUUUGCUGACUAUGGAGACUAUCAACUAAACCAUGGACAUACUGGGAAGGGAGUAUCGCAUCUCCGUGCGGCACUUCACAUUCGAGAUCAUCCGGAUGCUAUUAAGUCGGCAAAGGAGGCGCGAUCUGUUCCAAUGGUGGGUGAUAAGCUGGCUGCUCAAAUUGAUGAAGUGAUUAAGACGGGAAGGUUGACGGAUGAAACGGGUGACCAAAAUAUCAGCACCGAUGUAGACAACCACCAGCGACCUGAGUUGGUGGUAGAGAUUCACAACUCUCAAGCUAAACGUCCCGAAAAUCAGCAGUUGGUACAGGAGUUGACUAAAUUUGGGGAACAUGAGCUUUAUUUUGGAAGUCCUGGAAAAGGAACUACCCACCUCCGUGCUGCACGUGAGAUUCAGCUUACGGAUCAGGUGAUAAAGUCUGGUUCGAUAGCUCGGACAAAGGUGCCGCUGGUUGGUGACGUUAUCGCGGACAAGAUUGACCAGAUCUUAGAGUAUGGUCGUAUUAUAAAGGAUACAGGUGAAACUACUGGUUCUCGAAGCUACUCGCGUGGCAGUGGUGGGGGUUACGUCGAAGCUCCAAUUGUCAAAGAUCUGCGUGAAAACCCUGCCAAAUGUCCCGAGAACCAGCCGAUCGUUGAUGCAUUGGUCGACUAUGGUGACAGUCACUUGUAUUCGGGCCACAGAGGCAAGGGGAUCUCACACUUGCGGGCAGCUCAGAGUAUUCGGGACUCGGAGACGAUUGUUAAGUCGGGACAGCAAGCAAGCAAAGAAAUUGGGAUGGUUGGGAAACGCAUUGCGGCCAAAAUCGACCAGAUUGUUGAACAGGGUCAUGCUGAUAGUGAUGAAGACUACGAGUACGAUGCUGAAGAAGAAGAUAAUGGCUAUGGUGAGCGUGAUCACGACUCGGUGGUGCCUCCCAUUGUGCAAGAUGUUACGAGCAAACCAGCUCAAGUGGAGAAGAACCAGGUGCUAGUGAAUGCACUGGUUGAAUAUGGAGAAGAGGAGCUUUAUAAGCGCCAUACAGGUCGAGGAACGGCUUUCUUAAGAGCUGCACGCCGACUUCGCGAUGCUGACACUUUGGUGAGCAAUGGACAGGAUGCGAAGAAAUUGGGUCGCAUUGGCGAUAAGGUUGCACAAUAUUUGGACACCAUUCUGGCAACCUAG